AUGGCGAAUUGGGCGCUCUCUGGUUGCUGUAACACUCAGCAGACCCUCUUCCUCUCCUGCUCCGGUGUCUACGCGCUCAUCAUCCUCGUUCUAUGGCGCACCAUCGUGCUCAUGCCCUUCAAGCUCAUCUCCGUGUACCUACACGAGAUAGGCCAUGCCUCGGCGUGCGUCAUGACGGGAGGCAAGGUGGAGGGCAUCGAGGUGCACAUGGACGAGGGGGGGGUCACUCGCACUCGGGGCGGAUGGCAGUGGUGCAUUCUGCCUGCGGGAUACCUAGGCUCAUCCUUCUGGGGCAUGGUGCUCGUGCUGUGCGCGACCAACAAGUGGACCACGCUCGUCAUCGCUGUCAUCCUCUGCAUCACUCUCUUCAUCACCCUCUUUCUCGCCAAGAAUAACACGCUACGCUUCCUGUGUGUGGGAUUCCUGCUCCUCUUUGGCCUCUUCUUCUUCCUCGAAUAUGGCAUUACCCAAUCGGUUCACCCCCUCAACCUCGCCAUCCUAUUUAUCGGCAUCAUGAACUGCCUCUUUUCUAUUUAUGACAUCUAUGAUGAUCUCAUCUCCCGGAGAGUCAACUCCAGCGAUGCCGAGGUCUUUGCCAAGACGUGCCCGUGCCCCUUUAACGGAGUGUGCUGGGGGGUCAUCUGGUGA